AUGGUCACGUCGAUUGGUCGACCCGAUGCUUUCAACAGUAUAAUCAAGACUGUCUUAUUUUACUUUCUUAUGAAUUCGGAAGCGUUCAUAUUUUGUUUCGCUGGAGAAUAUUUGAGCACUAAGAGUAAAAGCAUUGGAGAUGCUGCAUAUGAUUCCACCUGGUAUGAAUUAGAUUCCAAAGAUAGUCGAAAUAUAUUGCUCUUAAUAUUGAGAUCGCAAAAUCAAUUAACCAUUACAGUUGGAAAGAUAAUGAAUUUAUCUCUAGAGCAAUUUAGCAAUAUUAUAAAGACUUCGGCUUCUUACUUAUCGAUUCUACUUGCGAUGUAUUAAAGCGAAACUGCAUUCUAUUUACAUCAACAUUUUAAUGAGAAUUAACAGCUGGUUUAGUUGCAGUAAAAUUUGCAUAUGAUUUAAAGUAAAAACGUUGCUGUAUUAGUUAUCAUAGUUUUUUAUGUCGGCGAUGAACUGAAUAUUAAGAUCAAUCUCUAUAAUAUUAUGAUUGUAUAAUAUUAUCCUGAUAGGAUUUAGCGGA